AUGUCAUCGCCUCAGAGAAAGCAAAGUCAGAAGGACCCGAAGCAGUGGGACGAUGAGGAGCAACAAGCCGAACAAGCUGGCCAGGCUGAGCAACCACAGCAUGCCACCGCUGAGGACGAGGCCGCUGAAGACGACAACGACAAUGACAACGACAACGAUAACAACAACAUUCAGCAGCAGAAUGACGACGAAGGAGAGGACUAUGACGAGGAGGACCCGGAGGACGAAGACCAGCGUGUACUAGAAGAUGACUACCAGUCGGGUGACGACCGUGACCAGGGCCAAGACGAGGAAGAGGACGAAGAGGAUGCCGAAGACUAUCCACGCCCCAAGAAGCAAAAGGAAGAAGAGGCAGACGAACACAGCCCAGCUCUCUCCCAGCCACCAACACCCAAGGAUGAUGAGAAGCCGCAACCCAAGUGGAUGCAAAAGCAGAAGAAGCCGAAGCAGGCCCAAGACCAGCAAGUGGAGCGCCGUCGCCGCCGCCGCCGCCGCUAUAGCGACGAGGACACCGAAGAUGACGAGGACUACGAUGAACAGAUUGCCUACCAACAACAGCAGCGCCAGCAGCAGAUGAUGAUGCAACAACAACAGCAGCAGAUGCAGCAGAAGGGUGGUGACGGUGGUGGAAAGAACCCCCUCAAGCUUCGGCUAGACCUGAACUUGGAGAUCGAGAUUGAGCUCAAGGCACAUAUCCAUGGUGAUUUGACGCUGGCUUUGCUGGAUGUGGGUUCGGCUCUUUACAACGGCACUAAUUAUGUGGAUGCCGAAUGCCUGUAG